CUCCGUGCCAUUCCCCUUCCUCGCCGUCGUCGCCGACGCCGACGGGUCGCUGCCGCCCUCUCGCGCCUCCCCUCUCGCCGCUGGUGCUGUUUCUCGCCACGCGCACUCUCACUACGCCAUUCCCGACGAGGUCGAAACGCCGGCGACAGUUCAGGUCGCAGCCCCUCGUCCGCCCAACCGCUUCCACUUCUUCACCGCCCCGUCUUCCUUCAUCCGCCUGCAGUUCUCGAUUGGACCGACAUCAAUGCGGUCACACAAAUACCAACUUUCGUAGCUCCACUGCCAGCUAGAUGAAAGGGACUGCUCCGAAGAACAGCGAUGGUGGGUCUGCAGCAGAUCAGAAUCUUGGGACAGAAUCUGGUAUUGAAAAGAUGACACCAGCAGUUACGUCCAAUGACUCGAGAAAUCUGGAUGGGAAUGGAGAACAUGUGGCCAUUAGUCUUGAAGAAUCAGUUGUGGAAGAAGAAGAUCCGAUAUCAUUAGAUUCUGAUGGUGAUAAUCAUGCACCGCUUAGGCAACAAACUAGCACUCAGCCUGCUGCUGAAGAGAGGGUUCCUUCAGUUCCAUCAACUUCCAAUCUCGCCGAAGAAACUUUGACUGGAACCAGUCGGGGUGCUGAGGGCUCUGCCAGCACCACAAUUGCUCCAGCCGCUCCUGCUGCGUCUUUAGCAACUCCCUCGACUGGUACUCCUCCAGUGUGUAGGGUAUUGCAAGUACCAAAGAGACUUGUCGUGAAACGAUCGAAGAUAUCUGCUGCUGAGCUAAACCUUCCACCGCUAGAACCAACCAGCUCUAAGGUGGCAUGUGAUGAUUAUCAGAGGAUUUCAAAGGAGAUCGAAGACCUGAGGGCUGAACUAGAUGAGGAUGUGAAACAGCUUGGAUACUGUGAGGCCAAUGAGAAGCUGAGAGCUGAGCUGGCUCUCAAGGCGAAAGAUAUGCAGUGCCUGAGGAAGCAGAGUGAGGAGAUGCAACUCAACAAUGAUGGAAUGAGAAAGCAAAAUGAUUUGCUGCAGGCCAAUAGUGACGGCAUGACGAAGCAGAAUAAGGAGCUGCAAGACAAGAAUGAUGACCUGGUGAAGGAGAAUGAGGAGCUGAGAACCAAUAUAGACAAAAUGGGUAAGCGGAAUAGUGAGCUGCAAGCCAAGAAUGGCAGCCUAACUAAGUGGAAUCAGGAGCUGCAAGCAAAGAAUGAUGGCCUGAAGAAGCAGACGGAGGAGCUGCAAGCCAAGAAUGAUGGCCUGACAAAGAAGAUUGAGGAGCUGCAGGCCAAGAAUGUCAGCUUGGUGAAGCAGAAUGAGGACUUGCAUGCCAAUAAUGACAGCAUGUGUAAGCGGAAUGGGGAGCUGCAAACCGAGAAUGGUGCCUUAAUUAUGCGGAAUGAGGAUCUGCAAGUGAAGAAUGACAACCUGACAAAGUUGAUUGAGGAGCUGGAAGACAGGAAUGACGCCCUGGAAGAUUUGAGUGGAAGUCUUGUGAGGAAAGGCCGCCAAAGUGACGAUGAGCUACAGCAAGCCCAACAAGAGUUGACUACGGGUUUGGAGGACAAGUUAAAUGGGCAGACAGCUAUUGGGAUCAAAAGAAUGGGAGAACUUGACGAGAAGCCAUUUCAAAAUGCAUGUAAGAGAAAAUAUGGAAACAUUGAUUACCAGACCAAAGCUGCAGAGCUGGUAUCAAGUUGGCAGGAUGAAUUGAAGAAUCCAUCCUGGCAUCCUUUUCUGGUUGUUCAGGUUAAUGGAGAGCAUAAGGAAGUUCUAGACGACGAUGAUGCAAAACUGAAGCUCCUGCGGUUCGAGUACGGCGACGAUGUGUGCAACACAGUGAAGACCGCGCUGAUGGAGAUAAACAUGUACAACCCCAGUGAGCGGGAUCUAGUGCCCGAGUUCUGGAACUUCAGGAAAGGCCGGAAGGCGACGAUAAAGGAGGUGCUCUACCUGUUGGGACAUAUGGAGAUGACGACCAAGCGCAGGAGGGGCUGAGGCACCCUGGUCUGCGUGAUCACCAAGCGCAAUUGGUACCGUUGUGGGAGCCCACGCUGCUGGAUCCCCUCCUGACAUAGGAGAUCUAUCCUCUGCGUUCCUUUGCGUAUGAACAUUACAAGCAUAUGUGGCAUUUGCAUGUGGUGCUGUUGCCGCUUCCGUCCUAAAAAGUAAAAACUGAUGUGAUCUGCCAACUGAACGAUACCAAUCAGUGGCUUUUGUGCUCUUCUUAGGUGUCUGUAUAUUUGCAGGUGUACAUAUGUAGUAGUGCAAGUGCUAACAAGCUUGACUGUCUCUUGGCAUGCGCAAUCGGUUAAUCAUGCUGUCAAUUUUCAGCAUCUAUUUGUACCGUAAUAUAGCUAGCUACCUGGUGUUGAUUUGAUGAUGCUCAUUUGUACUGGGCCAGCAAUAAUGUUAUGGUCUUAUGGAUACC